UUGAAAGUGAAGUUCGUCCUUCAACGAGUGCGUAAGUGAACCAUUUUUUCUCAUUAUCUAGUAAUAAUUUGCAAUAACAAAAUUGCGUUUUUUAGAUAUGGCCAAGUAGAUACUGGAAUUCGAACAGAGGGCGUUUCUAAAGAGUUUCAGAUUCUUGAAAAAUCAGGGCAAAUGGAAACUUUGUCACCUUCCAAAAUUUGUGGAAGAACAAUUGUAGACGUCAUUUUUCCAAAGCUCUGCUAAGUUUUCCACACUGUGGUCUAUUUUCUUGUGAUGGUAGCACAGUAGAGUUGUUGAAAGAAACUAGGAAGGGAUUGGAAUCGACUUUUCUAUUCCAGUGUAACACCUGUAAGUCAACUGUGGAAGUUUCCACUGAUGAUCCAUAUUCGAAACAGACUCCAGUCAAUACUGCUGCUGUAACUGGAGUGAUAUCGAUUGGAUUGGGAUAUGCCAAUUUAAAAGAAUGGUGUUCUACCCUAAAUAUGCCAGUGAUGUCAAAAAUCUACAAGAAAAUAGAAGGAAAGCUGUGGACAAUUUCUAUAAUACAGCCACGGAAUUGAUGCUAGCUGCUGGAAAAGAGGAAGAAAGUCUAGCACAAGAAUGGGGUGAAGUUGAUCCAGAAGAUGACAAAGCUGUCAUUAGUGUAAUAGCUGAUGGUGCAUGGGCAAGAAGAUCUAAUAAAUCUAUAUUUUCGGCCAAUUCGGGUGUGGCUUCUAUCAUAGGAAAAAGAACUGGCAAACUAUUGUAUUUAGGUGUAAAAAACAAGUAUUGUUGUGUGUGCGUCAAAAAAUUCUAUCACUCCAUACGUAUGUUACAAAAAUUAUAACGGUACUUCGACUGCAAUGGAAAGUGCAAUUGUUGUAGAAGGUUUUAAACAGAGCAUACAAAUGCACAACUUGAAAUAUAAAUAUUUUAUUGCUGAUGGCGACAGCAGCACGUACAAAAAAAUGUGUGAAGCCAAACCGUACGGCAAUAACUUUUUUAUUGAGAAAAUCGAGUGUAAAAACCAAGA